AUGCCCCCAAUCGUCGUCGUAACCUCCCCAUCCGGCAAAAUCGCCACCCACCUCCUCCCUCUCCUCGCCCAAAACAACACUUACACCCUCCGCCUCGCCGCACACACCCAGUCCUCAGCCAGCACCCUCCAAAAAACCUACCCCACCGCCGAAAUCGUCCCCACAGACCUCACCUCCCCCUCAUCAUGCACCUCCCUCCUGAAAGACGCCACGGCCGCCAUCCACAUCGGACCCUCCCUCCACUCGCGCGAGAAAGAAAUCGGCCUCAACAUGGUCGACGCCGCCGUCGCCGAAACCCAACGCCCCGGCGCCGUCUUCACCCACUUCAUCUUCUCCUCCGUCCUCAACACCCAGCACCGCCAACUCAUGCAACACGACCUAAAAUCCUACAUCGAAGAACGCCUCAUGAUCUCCCCCGCCUCCCUGAACUGGACGAUCCUCAAACCCACAAACUUCCUCGACGCGUACCCGGUGCAACUCCUCGCGGGCAUGGAGACCCCGGCGAUCGAGCGGCUGUGGACGCCCGAAGUCCCCAGCAGCGUGAUCGCGCUCCGGGAUAUCGCGGCCGCGAUUGAGAGGGUUCUGAGAGAGGGGGAGAGGCAUUAUUAUGCGGAGUAUCCGCUCUGCGGGACGUUGCCGGUGAGUGAUCGGGAGAUUAUCGAGACGAUUGGGCGGGUUAUCGAGAAGGACGUCGAGAUCCGGCAGCCGACGUUCGAGGGCGGGGUGGAGAGGUUGAUGUUUUUUCUGUUUGGCGAGGGGCGAGGGGGGGAUUUUGGGGGUUCGGCGGAGGGGGAUUGGAGGGGCGAUAUUUGUCGGGAUGGGGCGGAGAGGUUGGUUUUGUUUUAUCGGAGGAGGGGGCUGAAGGGGAGUCCGAAUAUUUUGAGGUGGUUGUUGGGGAGGGAGCCCGUGGGCGUGGAGGAGUGGGUGAGGGGGGAGUUGAGGGAGGGGGUUGCGCUGAGGACGGCGGCGGGGACGGGGAGUAAGAUUGGGGGGCGGUGA